GCGUUUUUUUACUUUGCGACACGAGCUGUUUUGCAUUCUUCCGUUCUGUUCGGUGCUGUGUGGCGCUGUGUUCCCACAGUAGUUUCUUGACUGAGACAUUUUAGGGCGGCUGCAUUGUGUUUCUUCGAAGACUUGAGGGAGACAGAAGCUUGCGUUUAGAAAUAGCAGAUGACAUCCUCCUUAAGAGCGAUACUGACAUCUGGAUUUGCAAGAUUCUUUAGCGAGGAGAGCAGAGUAGAGUUUCUUUCCGGAUCUCCUGUACACAUGCUUUGUACUUUUGUGAGGCGAAUCCGGGGCUGAGGAGAACAUAGAAUAUUAAGAGAUGGAAGAUAGCAUGAAGAAUAAUGAACAACACAACAACUGUCCUAAAAAGGAUGAGAAAAAUAUCUGGAUGACUGCCACAAUCAUUUUACUGACUCUGCUACUUGUUUUUUUCAUCUUUAUAAUUUGGUUGUUGAUAAAGUUUCGAAAAGAAAAAGCUAAGUUUAAAAGAGAUAAUGAAGACUUACGCUUGUCACUUAGUGCAGAAAACUAUGUCAGUAAUAAAGAAUUGAUUAAAAUGAAUAAAUAUUCAGAUUAUACUGUGACCAUAUCGCAUGAAGAACAUCAUGAAGAGCUCACAGUGACCGAUGAUGGAAAACAAGUGAAGUUAAUAAAGAUCAAUCCGGGUCCAGAAGCAACCAAAUGGCCCUGUGCCCUAGGUAGCAAACAGUUGGCCAGAAAUUAUACGUGGAAUGUAGAAGUAGGAGAAAAAGGCAGCUGGGCUCUGGGAGUGACUCGGAAUGAGGAAACUGUAAAGGAAAAGAAGUAUACCCCAAAUAGCAAGGGGUUAGACUGGGUCCUCAGUCUAUCAAAGGGGAAGACACUUGAAGCUAGUUCUGGUGAAAUAAUGGAUGCGUCGCAAAGACCCAGAAAGAUAAGAGUUUACCUGGACUUUAAGAAGUCAAUGCUGUACUUCACUGACAUAGAAACCAGGUCACAUUUACACAAAUGUAAUGUUGACACAACUAAACCACUGUAUCCUGUUUUCAGUCCUGGGUCAUCUGACAAAGGCCCCCUGAUAAUCAUUCCAAAUGAUUAAAACUGUUUUAUCAUACAGGCCUUAUUAUAAAAUGUAAACUAUUUUCCAACAAGUUUAUUGCAUUUAGUAUUUUUUAGGUUGCUAUGAUGGUAAUGAAAUAGUAUUAAUGUUUUGUGUCACACAGGCCCAUCUUUUUAAAUUAAAUGAAUGCUAAAUGUUGGAUUAUGCAUUUGACAAACAGCAAGAUGUGUAGGUAUUAUAAAACCAAAUAAUUUUAAGGUCUGUGGACUAGAGCCUCUACUGGUCAACUAUUAAGACUUAACAAUGUUAGCACAGUGCUGAGUUGAUUUAUGCACAUAUUAGACUGUUACGUUACUACCAUUAUUCUUUGCCGGGCUUAGUUCUUGGCUAAUUUACAGUGGAUUUAGAAAGUAUUCAGACCCCUUCACUUUCUGCACACUUUGUGUUGUAAAUUUCAUUAUAAAUGGAUACAUUUGCUAUUUUUGCCUGUCACUCUACACUAAGUAACCCAUAAUGACAAAUUGAAAACAUAUUUCCAGAAGGGUUUUGGAAAUUUAUUUUAAAAGUCAAAAACUGAAAUCUCCAAAGUAUUCUCUCUCAAGUAUUCAGAUCAAUUGCUCUGGCACUCAUAAAUUGUGGUCAGGUGUAUCCUGUUUGCUUUAAUUCUUCUUGACAUGUGUCUAGAAUUUGAUUGGAGUGCACAUGUGGCAAAGUGAAUUGACUGGACAUCAUUUACAAAAGCACACACGUGUAUAGUAUAUAAGGUUCCAUAACUCACACUGCGUGUCAGGACAAAAGUCAAGUCAUGAAGUCCAAGGAAAAUUGUGGUCAAGCAAAGAUCAGGGCAAGGGUAUGAAAUCAAAUCUAAAGUUUUGAAUGUUCCCAGGAGUACAGUGGCCUCAAUAUUUGUGAAAUGAAAGCACUUUGGAACUCUGUUCUUGAAUGGCUCGGCCAAAGCUCAGACACAAACCUCAUACCCCCAUCUGGGGAGAGACCUGAAGAUAGCAGUUUACAGUUGCAUCCCAUCCAAUCUAAUUUUGCUUGAGAAGAUCUGCCAGAAUGAAUGGGAUAAACUGUCCGAAUCCAGAUGUGCAAAGCUCGUAGAGACUUACCUAAGAAGACUCAAAGUUAGAAUUGCUGAUUUAAGUCUCUAUAUACUUACAGAAAUGAGAGAUUUUAGGUUUUGAUUUUUAAUAAAUUCCCAAGCCUUUCUGAAAACAUGUUUUGACUUUUAUAGAUUAAUAAUUAUAUAUUUAUGGGCAAAAAUUUAAAAUGUAUCCAUUUAAAACUAAAUCUACAACACAAUAAAAUGCAAAAAAGUGAACAGAUCUAAAUACUUUCUGAAUUCACUGUAUAAUGGGAAGAUUAUAUUGCCUUAUAAUGAAGAUUGCUGCCUUACUUAUUAUAUUUUAUGUUUUAAAUAUAUUAAUAAAUAUUUUUUUAAUUUUCUAGUUAAGUGAAAUGGGAAAGCAUACAGAAUAAGAAUUUAAAGUGAUUGUUUGAAUAAACUACUAUAACACUUGUCAUGAUGUAAUGUUUGAUAUUGUAGCUAUAUAGUUUCUUCAUAUUUUAAUCAAUAUGCUGCAUCAAAGUUAAAAGUUAUCCACAAAACUGUUCUUAUCUCUAUUCAGAAUACUCAAUUAAUACACAAUAUCACUCUGGUCUGCUGUAUGUAUUCAAUAAUCUUUGCAUUCAUAAUCAUAACCUACUUAAGAAAUUAUUCUUUCAUAUACUGUACUUCAUACUGUUGGCGUUUUUUGCUGCCUUUUAUUACUAUUACUAUAUUUACUUUGUAUUGCUUGCAUUUCCAUUUAUUAAGUCAUUUGU